AAACUAGUUAGUCAUUUUUUCUCUCUUGGCUUCUACCAUCAAUCACCAUUUCCAUCUUCCAAAGAAUCGAUCAUAAUGACGCUGAAUAUAGAAACCCAAUCUCUAACAUCGUCCGUCCACUGCUCCUUCGCGCAGCUACUGAAGAUUGAGUGGAGAAAGAGAUAAGACAUGGGUCUGGCAUUGAACAUCUCAGUGUGUUGUUUCCCACAGCAGCGUUGCCCCACUCUCUUCAAACCCACCAUUACCAAACAAACCCUCUCCUUCCCCACCGCUUCCGCUUUCUCCUCCGUAACUCAACUCAGCGUGGGCCAGGAUUUACCCGCCAACUACAGCGAUUGGGUUCCCAGCCCCGACCCCGGGCUUCGCAGAAGAUGCGGCAUUCUGCUCCACCCGACGUCGUUUCGCGGCCCCUACGGCAUCGGCGAUCUCGGCGACGAGGCGUUCCGUUUCAUCGACUGGCUCCACCACUCGGGUUGCUCCGUCUGGCAGGUUCUUCCUCUCGUGCCACCUGGCAGAAAGGCCAACGAAGAAGGAUCCCCUUACUCUGGCCAGGAUGCGAAUUGUGGCAACACGCUCUUGAUCUCUCUUGAGGGCCUCGUCGAGGAUGGGUUGUUGGAAAAACACGAGCUUCCUCAACCAAUUGAUGCAGGGCGGGUUAAUUUUUCACUCGUUGCUGAUCUUAAGGAUCCUUUGAUAACUAAGGCUGCAGAGAGGCUCAUUUCAAGUGAAGGGGAACUCAAAACACAGCUUGAGAAUUUUCGAAGGGAUCCUGACAUAUCAUGUUGGCUUGAAGAUGCAGCCUAUUUUGCUGCUAUUGACGAUAGUUUAAACACAAUCAGCUGGUACAGUUGGCCUGAACCUUUAAGAAAUCGACAUCUUGUAGCUUUAGAAGAUAUUUACCAACAAAAGCGAGAUUUUAUAAAUGUAUUUAUUGCCCAACAGUUCCUGUUUCAAAGGCAGUGGCAGAAAGUUCACAGCUAUGCACAGAGUAAGGGAAUCAGCAUAAUGGGAGACAUGCCAAUAUAUGUUGGUUAUCAUAGCGCAGAUGUUUGGGCAAAUAAGAAACAGUUUUUACUGAACAGGAAGGGCUUUCCUCUUUUAGUUAGUGGUGUUCCUCCUGACGCAUUCAGUGAAACUGGUCAGCUUUGGGGCAGCCCCCUGUAUGAUUGGAAAGCCAUGGAGAAAGAUGGAUACUCAUGGUGGGUACGUCGCAUACGACGUGCACAAAAUUUAUUUGAUGAAUUUAGGAUUGACCACUUUAGAGGAUUUGCUGGAUAUUGGGCUGUUCCCUCUGAAGCAAAAGUAGCUAUGCUUGGAAAGUGGAAGGUAGGACCUGGAAUAUCCUUAUUUGAUGCCAUUUUCAGAGCUGUUGGAAGGAUUAAUAUUAUAGCAGAAGACUUGGGAGUUAUCACUGAGGAUGUAGUCCAACUAAGAAGAUCCAUUGGAGCACCUGGAAUGGCUGUUCUCCAGUUUGGGUUUGGAGGUGGUGCUAAUAACCCUCAUUUGCCCCAUAAUCACGAGUGCAAUCAAGUUGUCUAUACAGGGACUCAUGACAAUGACACAAUUGGAGGUUGGUGGGAAGCUUUGAACCAAGAAGAGAAAUCCAAUGUACUAAGUUAUCUUUCAUUAAAUGAGGGAGAUGAAAUUUCAUGGGCGCUAAUCCAGAGAGUAUUGGCUUCUGUUGCUCAAACAGCAAUAAUACCUAUGCAAGAUGUUCUUGGAUUGGGUAAUUCUGCCAGGAUGAAUAUUCCCGCAACUCAGUUUGGAAACUGGGGUUGGAGAAUUGGAAGUUCGGUGAGCUUUGAUGGCUUGGAGAGAGAGGCAGACAGACUCAGAGAAAUGCUUUCAAUGUAUGGCCGACUUUGAAUAUGGAAUUCCUUUGAGUGUAAAGAAGAAGAGUUUGCUUUGUAAAGGCAGCUUAUUUGGAAAAUGCUAUAGUAUGCAUGAUGUUGAUAAAUCAACGCUGGGUGCUUAUGUUGGUCAAGUAAUUUGAGUAUUUUGGAUGCUUCAAUGGAAAUUUGUAAAAAUGAUAAUGCCUGGCUGUUACAUCUUGA